AUGUCUGACGUUGCGAUCAUUACUUGUGCAAGGCGUGCUCGGGAAUUGUCAUUAACAGCGAUGGCUCAACUGGCUGCUCGAAUUGGGAUUGCUACCGCGCAACAAACAAAGAAACGUCUUCAUUCAUGUUGUCGGGCCUUGACAAAAAUGUUGUCAAAGCAAGAGAUUGAAGCAGACGUGCGCAUGGGGAUUCAGGAAAACUCGAAACGAGCGACCAAGAAGCUCAUCUCUCUUACCGGAUCCGAAAAGCGGAAGACUCGAACUCCUAAGCCUUCGAUUCAAAUUCGCUUGGCCGUCAUAGAUCAUGGACCGCGAGACAGUUUGAAGAUCAAGCACAUUGCGAUCCCAGGAAUUCCUUCUACCACAAUUAAAGAAAUUGUCGAUCAACUGGGGGAUCCUAUGGUUAAACGUGGUCGUCUUUUUGUGAUGAAGCGCAUCGAGAAGAAGUUUGAGUUGUUGUUCAGCGCGCCGUUCAAAGAAUUUCAGAAAAAGCGUCUCGAUGAGAAGUUUGAUGGGCAAUCAAUCUCG